GCCCUCGCCGACACCGCUGGCGUGGGCAACACGGAUGGCGCGGGCAACACCAUGCCUGGCCUGGCCGCCCCCUCCUUCGCCCCCUCCUUCGCCCCAUCCUUCGCCCUCUCCUUCGCCUCAUCCUUCGCCGACGCAUCUGGCUUCGGCAGUCAGCCCGCUGGCAACAACUCGUUUCCAACCGUACCGGUUCCUACACCCCACUACUCUAUCGACGACACCACUUCCUUCGACCCCACGUCCGGCCUCGCCGCCUCCAACACUAUGCGUCUGCGAGGAGAUCUGUAUAUACUGCAAGGCCGAUCUGACCGACCAGCAGGCACUCCUUGUCCACCUGAAGCAUCACCACAAGGAAGCAUCACCACAAGGACGAGUACGAUGCAAUGUAAGUCUGCGUCAGCAUGACGUCUGUGUAUCCGCAGGAGAGGGUGGUCAGGCUCGAAGUAGUCGUCGAACGGACGACGGCAAAGCCACGUGGUGUCGUCGAGAUCCCAGUCCGUCUCGUCCGUGUUGUUCUCCUCAGUGUUGGUCUCCGUGCUCAUCCUUGCCUCCUUAUUCAGUCCGCAUUACCAUCGCCGAUAUGACAGACCUCGGCGAGAUGGCCUGCCCAUACUGCAAAUCAGUCAUGUCAAGCGAGCAGGGGCUACUCGUCCACCUGAAGAACCACCACAAAAACGAGUACGAAGCAACGUAAGUCUGCGUCAGCAUGACGUCUGUGUAUCUGCCGACCUUCUCAAAUCUUCAUUGUCCUUCUCCUCAUCCUUCUGAUCGCAUCAACAACCCGUGCUCUCUCGUACCGCCCCCCGAUCGACCACCCUUUCGCCCUGU